AGAAGUCAUUGAAAGCUCUAAGAAAGCCCUGAGUUUACUGCAAAUAGAACAUCCUUCUUUUAAGCCAACACUUUCGAUAGUUCAGGUCGGUGAUGAUGAUUUGGGGCAAGAAAUGAGAAACUUCGCUGAUGAGAUUGGUCUGAAUAUCACAUGUAGUUGCCUCCCUUGUGAUUACACCGAAAGUGAGGUUGCUGAUGAAAUCAUAAAACUGAAUGAGGAUCAUAAUAUUCAUGGCCUUGUACUUCGUCACUUUAACAAGUCAUAUACCAGCAAAAUAAUGAACGCUGUGAAACUAGAGAAAGAUGUGAAUGGAGUAACAGAUGUUAACUUGGGACGAUUAGUGCAUGGAGACAUGAAUGAAUGUGUAACUCCCCCCAUUGCUAGUGCAGUGAUCCAGCUUCUGGAAAAACUAGCAAAUACUUCUCUAGAUGGGAAAAAGGUGUUACUCUUGGGAGUUCAAGGACCCUUAGAAGUCUCUCUGCAGUGCCUUCUUCAAAGAAAAGGAGUCAUGACCAUGAGCUGCCCUUGGAAAAUGAAGCAACUUCAGGCUACGCUUCACGAUGCUGACUUGGUGGUUGUGGGCAGUGCCAAACCCAAAGAGAUUCCAGUUAUGUGGAUGUCUGAGAUGACUGUUGUGAAUUGUUCAUAUGACUUUUUACAUGGAUGGCAUAGUGAUGGUGAACAGCCUCUAAAACACAAUGAACAGACCCCUGGUGAAGUUGUAAAUCAACUGGCAAUGGCAAUAUGUCUGCAGAAUCUGGUAAAAUUAAGUGAGAGAUGGAUACAGGCCCAGCAGUAUAAGAAAUGGAAUCUCCGUUGCUUGAAACUUCAACCCCUCUCCCCUGUUCCCAGUGAUAUUGAGAUUUCCCGAAGACAGACUCCAAAAGCUGUUGAUGUCCUAGCCAGGGAGAUAGGAUUGCUCACAAAUGAAAUUGAAAUCUAUGGCCAAACCAAAGCCAAAGUACGUCUGUCCCUGCUGGAAAGGUUAAAGGAUCAGCCAGAUGGGAAUUACGUGCUGGUUGCUGGGAUUACACCAACUCCUCUUGGAGAAGGGAAAAGCACUGUGACCAUUGGUCUGGUUCAAGCUCUAACAGCCCACCUUAAAGUAAAUUCUUUUGCCUGCCUGAGGCAACCUUCACAGGGACCUACCUUUGGUGUUAAAGGUGGUGCAGCUGGGGGUGGAUAUGCUCAAGUUAUACCAAUGGAAGAGUUCAACCUUCACUUAACUGGAGAUAUCCACGCCAUUACUGCAGCAAAUAAUUUGCUGGCUGCUGCUAUCGAUGCUAGGAUCUUGCAUGAAAACACUCAGUCUGAUAAGGCCUUGUACAAUAGAUUGGUUCCAUUAGUUCACGGAGUGAGGAAAUUUUCAGCCAUCCAGCUUGCACGAAUGAAACGGCUGGGAAUAAGUAACACGGAUCCUGACACUUUAACAGCAGAGGAGAUUCACAAAUUUGUGCGACUUGACAUAGACCCUUCUACAAUAACAUGGCAAAGAGUGCUGGAUACAAAUGACAGAUUUCUUAGGAAAAUAACAGUUGGGCAAGCCAGUACAGAGAAGGGGUUUUCCCGUCCAGCUCAAUUUGAUAUUGCUGUUGCAAGUGAAAUCAUGGCAAUCUUAGCACUGACCACCAGUCUUUCAGAUAUGAAAGAAAGAAUGGGGAAGAUCGUAGUUGCUAACGACAAAAACGGGCAGCCAGUGACAGCUGAGGAUUUGGGAGUAACUGGUGCUUUAUCAGUCUUGAUGAAGGAUGCGAUUAAACCAACACUGAUGCAGACAUUAGAGGGUACUCCAGUUUUUGUGCAUGCUGGACCCUUUGCAAAUAUUGCUCAUGGUAAUUCUUCAGUUUUGGCAGACAAAAUUGCCCUUAAAUUGGUGGGCAAAGAUGGAUUUGUAGUGACCGAAGCCGGUUUUGGUGCUGAUAUCGGGAUGGAGAAAUUCUUCAACAUCAAAUGCAGAGCUUCUGGCUUGGUUCCCAGUGUGGUUGUGCUUGUUGCUACAGUGAGAGCACUGAAGAUGCAUGGAGGUGGGCCAAACGUAACAGCAGGUGCCCCUCUUAAGAGAGAAUACACAGAAGAGAACCUCAAGUUGGUAUCUGAUGGCUGCAGUAAUUUGCGAAAACAAAUUGAAAUUGCCCAGCUCUUCGGUGUUCCUGUUGUGGUUGCUUUAAAUGUUUUCAGGACGGACUCUCCUGCAGAGAUUGAUUUGGUCUGUGAGAUUGCCAAGCAGUCUGGAGCCUCUGAUGCUGUGCCUUGCAAUCAUUGGUCUGAAGGAGGGAGAGGAUCUGUGGAAUUGGCUCAGGCCGUAAGAAGAGCUGCUAAUCAGCAGAAUGCAUUCAGAUAUCUGUAUGACCUGGAGCUUCCCAUUGUCGAAAAGAUAAGGAUCAUAGCACAGAAUGUCUACGGAGCUCAAGAUAUAGAGCUGUCUCCAGCAGCACAGUCUCAAAUAGAUCGUUACAGCCAGCAGGGAUUUGGAAAUCUGCCAAUCUGUAUGGCAAAAACUCACCUUUCUCUCUCUCACAUGCCUGAAAGGAAAGGCGUUCCAACAGGUUUCAUUCUGCCUAUUAGCGAUGUGAGGGCCAGCAUUGGGGCUGGUUUUAUUUAUCCUCUUGUUGGGACGAUGAGCACUAUGCCAGGAUUGCCUACAAGGCCUUGCUUCUAUGAUAUCGACCUUGACCCUGAAACAGAACAAGUCAAAGGGUUGUUUUGAGCCGGCUCAAAAUCAGGGAGCCAAAAUGAAGUUCUGUUUCUUCCAGCUAUGAAAAGGGUAUUCUUAAAGUCCUUUUUUCCCCCUCUAGACUUCUGAAAAUACAAACGGCAAGCUUCAAUGUUUCCUGAAGUACAAGACAAGCAUGAUUUUGAAGAAUGCCUAUGAUGUGUCUCUGGAAGAAUUCUGGGAUAGACCAAAGCACAAAAAUAUGCCCUUUGCUGAAGUCUUUUUGUAGUGAAAAACAGUCUAAUUCAUAAGAACCAAAAACAAAAUCAGUGCAAACUAAUUUAUUCUAAAAUGUAGUAUAAAGGAAUGCCUUGCAAAACCAUUGUCUACACGUUUGAUUGUUUACUGGAGGGGAGCGCCAUCAACAAAAAGAAAACUGUUUGCACUCUUUAUUUUCUGUUCCCUACUUCAGCUCCCUCACCUGAGGCAAUCUAGAAAAACAAGCUCCAUUAAGCAGCAUUAAAGGGCACGGGGCAGCUUCUAGCACUUAGAAAUUGAAGUCUCUGAAUUAUCAGUCAGUGUAACCUUGGACACUGCUGGCUGGGGGGUGGUAAGUGUUCAAAUUUAGGGUUCUGAUUUGAGGAAACAGCCCAGGAAUUCUGUGAAAGGUGAAAAUAGAGCUGUUUUUCUCUCUGUGGCUAAACAGCUGUGAAAUGCUUAUACUUUAUGCAUCUCCAAGUAUCAUGCUCUGCCAAAGGAGUCUGAGUUACUAGGCUUACAGUGCUUCGAGCCAUUGUGAGUGACUCUGGUAAAAAUCCCAAAUGUCAACAAGCCUGCUUUUUUUUUCUUCUCAAAGUCAGAAAAAGUAAGCAAACUUUAUCUUCAAGUCUCCUCCCCCUAAAGGGUUAGUGCUUGGUUCCUGACUGAGAGGAAUUUUGUCCUUUUUUGGGUAGUACUUUAAAUUGCACAUAUGAAACAUGAGAAUGGAUGCAAGCUAGUGCACAGAUCUGUUUAUUUCAGUGUUUCUUACUGUCUGCGGUGGUGUAGCCUUAAUAAGAAGUGCCAAAAUACUAAUUUUGCUUAUGCUUGGGGGGGGGGGGCAGUUAGUAAUCAAAACUCUUUACUUUGCAUUGUUAUAAUUGCCAGUCACAAAGUGAAGCAAUUUUCCCCUGAAUUAACACAAAGUAUAACAUCCGGAUUGCAAGAUGUCAUGGUCCCACUGUACACCACCUUGGCCAGGCCACACCUGGAGUACUGUGUACAGUUCUUGAACCCUUACUCCAAAUGGGUGUGGACAGAAUGGAGCAGGUGCAGACGAGGGUGACAAAGGAGAGCAGGGGCCUGGAGACUAAGCCGUGUGAGGAAAGGCUGAGGGAUUUCGGA